AUGGUGCUGUUCAAGCGAACCAAGACAGUGUCCGACGGUGACUGGGAUGUGAAGAACCUGAUUGCGGUUAGAAAGCCCAUAAUCGAGCCGGCGCCGGGAUGUGUGCCGCGCGCUGAGGAGCCGCUGACAGCGGAGGAAGAGCAAAAAUACAAGGAAGUGCUGCAGCACUUCCAGCUUCCGGAGCUGCAACUACCUACGACUGAGAAGCACGCGACAGAGGCGCGGGUGCUGAGCAUGGAGGAAAAGGCCUGGUUAACGCGUGAGUGCAUGAUUAGGUAUCUGCGGGCAUCGAAGUGGGUCGUACGGGACGCUAUUAACCGUAUUACAAUGUCCAUAGGGUGGAGGCGCGAGUUUGGGAUUUCCUGCUUCGGCGAGGAGAAUGGCGACUCGCUACUCGCUGCAACAGUGUCAGAUGAGAACGAGACUGGUAAGGAAGUGGUCCUCGGGUACGACCGCGAGGCGAGGCCGAUUCUGUACCUCAAGCCGGGACGGCAAAACACGAAGACCUCCCACAGGCAGGUCCAACACCUGGUUUUCAUGUUGGAGCGCGUCAUAGACAUGAUGCCUUCGGGCCAGCACCAGCUGGCCCUUCUAAUCGACUUCAGCGACCACGAGGAUGUUCCCAAGGUCUCUGGGAAUAGCAAAACACCGCCAAUAAGCGUUGGGAAAGAGGUGCUGCAUAUAUUGCAGACGCAUUAUCCAGAGAGACUCGGUAAAGCGCUAUUGACAAACAUACCUUGGCUUGCAUGGACGUUUCUGAAGAUGAUACACCCUUUUAUCGAUCCGCUUACGCGUGAAAAGCUCGUCUUCGACCAGCCGUUCGUGAACUUUGUGCCCGAAGAGCAGCUGGAUAAACUCUACGGAGGGCUGCUUGACUUCACAUAUGUCCAUGAGCAGUACUGGCCUAGUCUUCUGCAGCGCACUAGGGAGAAUCGGGCGCAUUACAUGGCCCGUUUCCGCGAACUAGGGGGUCAUAUUGGCUUGAGCGAGUACGCCUUACGGGCGCACGGCGACAAAUCCACCUGA